UAAAUCAACACUGACCUUAGAACAGGUUCCAGCAUUCCUCUUUCCUCUUGAGGCAUGAGAACUGCCUGAACAGGUUUCAGGGUUUUGACUGCAACAGAGAAAUUUGUUCACGGUUAGUUAGGGCGGGAACUUAUUUGAGUCUCACUGCUUGAGGAAGCGUAUCUAAAAGCAGCUACUGCAGAAAAGAUGGGGAAAUCCUUCUUGACAUUUCCAUGAGGAAGGCAACAUCGAAACAGGCCCUGGACACCAAAAUUUCCAGCAACUACUACUUCCUUCAGCAGACAAAUUGGAACAACCAGAGAAGUUUCCUUCUUCCUGGAAGGAAUGGAUGUUUAGAAGAGGCUGCGGAGGACAAAGGAUACAGAUCCUCAGGAGCUAGAGUGUCGUCGUGAGCUACGUUGUUGAAGAACCCAGCAAAAAACAGAAAUAGCAAACAGGAAGACUCCCGACUGAAAAAGAAGCAGAAUUUUCCUCAAGAGGGGCAACUCUGAGUAUUAUCAUGUUUGGCUACUCAACAGCAGAGGCAAUGAACUGGCUCCACAGGGGCUAUGGGAACUCCCAAGGGACCACAGGGCAAUUGAAAAGCCGUUUGGAUGAUCUGAAAAAGCCCUGGAGGGUGGAAAUCACCCCUUCAAUGCUGCAGCAUAGCGAGACGGCGAGGCUGGCUGUGGAUGCCUUUCUGGAACAGGGAGAAGGUGGCUACCGGCAAGCCAUUACUAAGGAAAAGGAGCUGCCAUUUCUUUCCACAUUAGAUAUGGAUUACAUGAGCCAACAUAGUCAAAGCAUCACAGGGUCUCCAAUUAAAAGACGAGAGUCAGGGCUGACGAGAGAAGACAGUGGUGACGGGGCUUCCCUCCUCUCUGGAGUCACAUCUGGGACAUACUUCCCAUUUAUGUCAGACAUUGAUCCCCCAGAUCUGGAGCUCGGUUGGCCAGAGGUUCCCACGGUCUCCUCAUUUGGCCAAACAGAAGUUACUCUGUACUUCCAAAGGGACAAGACACACAAUGUAAAGGAAUUACUUCGGUCUCUGAUAGGCAAGGCCAAGACAGUGAUUGCAAUUAUGAUGGAUCUCUUCACAGACAUGGAGAUACUCAGUGACCUGAUGGAGGCUUCAAGCAGACGGCGUGUUCCGGUUUACCUGAUCCUUGAUGAGAAGAACUUGAGACACUUUGCAGAAAUGUGCAAUAAAAUGGAUCUCACUAUGGAUGACUUCCCAAAUAUGCGCAUACGCUGUGUGAGUGGAGACACAUACUACAGCAAAGCUGGCAAGAAGCUUACAGGACAAGCACUUGAGAAAUUUGUGUUGAUAGAUGGCGAAGAAGUCCUUGCAGGGACCUACAGUUUUACGUGGCUGUGCAGUCAAGUACACACUGGCCUGGUGACACACUUCAAAGGAAAAAUUGUUGAGGACUUUGACAGAGAGUUCCGAUGCAUAUAUGCCGAGUCUAGAUCUGUGAAUAAACUCAGUAUCCCCAAAGCUGAAAAUUCCACACCAUCUCCCCACAGAUUGUUGCAGAAACUUGAGCCAGUUUCUAAGCGUAUUCAAACGAAUGAAAAUGAGACCACAAGCCCCUCAACUAGCCUCUCAAAUUCAAGCGUAGUAAGCAUAAGAAGAUCACCAUAUCUAGACCUGACAACUUCUAAUGCACACUGCGAAAUUAAAGAACGGACUCCCGGUGAAACAAGAAUGAAUGUUGCAGGCUUCCUGGGACUUAAUGACUUGAAAUACCAGCCCAGGGAGCUGCCAGACUCUAGCUGCAGUGCAUCAGCUAAAUUAAAUGAUGCACCUAAUCUACUAAGACUUAAGACAUCUUUGCUGUCAACAUCUUCACCAAUACUAAGCAACAACACAAGAAAUGGGCAUGAUUUGAAGCUUCAGCCUGAGAGCAUAGGAAUGAAAGUCAACAAGAAGUUCCCUUAUACUAUUCAAGCUAUGGAAGAUGUAAACAAAAUACAGAAGGAUGAAAAACCAGCAACUCAUGGCUACAGCAAACUAGAUCUCAGUAACAAGCCUAACAAAUCAGUACAUUUUGAGCCGAGGACCACGGAUUCCAGUUCCUAUUGCUCCUCUGAUGAUGUGCCAACGAAAAACAACAGCAAAAUACACAGGGAUGAAAAAAGGAUGACUCUUGGUCACAGUAAAUUGGAUCUCAUUACCAACUAUAACAAGUCAAAACCAAAGCUAGUUCACAGUCGAUUUGAAAUGUAAUUUUGUAUCAUCAUUUUAGCAAAAACAUAUGAUCUCAUUCAAAUGGUUAAUUAUAUCUGUAAUAAUACAAAAAUAUGGAAGUCCCAAAUCUCCCAUUCAUAGUUGGUGUAUCAGACUUAGUUUUAAAAAAGGAAAAAAAAACCCAAAAAUCUGAAUAGUCUUAAAAAGGAGUCCAGAAAUAUAAACCCAUAGCUAUGUGACAGCUAUAGGAUGAACUCUUGAUAUUGUAGGGUGCUAGAAUAUAAAGCAGCAUGUCCAACAGGUAGAUUGCUAUCCAGUGGUAGAACACGGGGUGUUCAUGGUAGAUCCUGGUUGAUCUCUGGCCCCUCAGCGAUCUUACAAAAAAGCAAAACAAAAAACAAAAAAACCAACUUUGGCUUCCUAAAAAAAAACUCCACAACUUUGGGUAAAUCACUGCCAGUCUUUUUACGACAAUGUGUAGAUCACUGCCAGUUUUUUAAUGUGAGUAGAUCACAGACUAUUGGGAGUUGGAAGUCCCUGAUAUAAGGAUGGCAUAUUCUGAAAACUGGAAAAAUGGUUAGUCUGGACUUCUGCACCAUUACAUAACUAGGUUCCUGAAAUAAUGGGUGGAGUUGACUAAAUCUCUCAUUUGCAGAAGUUAAGAAUAUUGAAUCAUGACCAGGAAGUCUCUUUGGGGAGAUUCAUUGGGGAUCUUGAGCCAACUGCUAUCUGUCAGCAAAAUGUAGGGUUGUUGUAAGGGUAAAUGAGGGAGUAGAGUGGACCUGCAUGUCAUCCUGAGCUCAGUGGAGGAAAAAAACGGGAUAAAAAUGUAAUCAAUCCAUUAAAAAGUAACAUGAGGCACACAAACCACCCACUUUAAAAUACUGGCAGAGAGACUUCAAUCCAGCUUGUUAGUGGAACUAGAAGCACUCUCUAGUCAGAGCUGCAAGAAAUCGUUGCUACCAAGGGGAAGAGUUCACAGAGGUAAAAGUUGUAAAGAUCAGUAGAAGCCAAAGUAAAAGCUAUGCUCCCACCUACUCCCAGUUGUUACUUUCCCACUUCUCUUUCCUUCUCCCCCAGAAAUGUCAGUCAGGGCUGACCCACGCAUGAGGCAAGGUGAGGCAGCUACCUCGGGUGGCAGGAUCCAAGGGGCAGAAUAUCUGGCCUCCAAUGAAUGCAAUGCCUGCUGCUGCUGCCACAGUGGCAGCAACAGCUACGGUGCACUCUGUGGAGGCUGGAAGUGCCACUUCUGCAGCACCCUCUUGGUGAAUAGAAGAUACUGCUGGUCUCCUCCCACUCUUGUUCCCGAUAUAGGUCUUUAUUCCCCCCCCUUGUUCCCAAUGUAGAUCUUCACUCAGCCAUUCUGCCAUGGUGGCAAGGAGGCUCCAUUUUGAGGUUUGCCUCAAGUGCCAAAAUGUUUUGGGCCAGCCCUGCAUAAAGCUAUUAAUUCUAAUGGAGGAAGCAGCAGAUAAUAUGAAAAAUGCUUAGUGGUAGGGGGAUUAGUCAUAUGAAAUUAUGCAAAGCUACUGUAUAAAUCCCAGUGCCUUGUCAGUCAUAGGUUCUGCUCCUGUAAAAAUAAAUAAAUCUGCUCUUGUAGGAAGAAAACAUCAAGAAUACAUUGGUUUGCUUUGAUUGUAUCUCUUAAAAAUAGCCUGUGAACCCUGUGAUGAAAGAUAGCAUGGGAAGGGCUAUAAUUAUUGACUCUUUGUGUUUAAUAAACACUUUUGUGUUGCACAA